AUGGUACGUCCAAAUCGUUGUAACCGUCUUCGUCGAAAUGAAGAUAAUAUCAAAGAAAAUUAUCGAGAGGCUAUUCAAAACCUCUCCAUAGGUUUGGCAAGAGUACGUCGUGAACUAGACCGUGCUCAAAACGGUCACCAGGGUGCCUUACGGAUGUUAACCAGACUUUUGAACAAAAACACUCAGUUAAUAGAGGUUAAUAUCUGUUUACGUAGGCAUGUUAUUUCCUUGCAAAAUACUAUCGAACGUCUAAGAAUGGAAAAUGAGUUUUUUUGUCAAACUAUUUUCCAUACUCUUCCUGGUCAACCUCAAUUUACACAUUUCGGUGUAGUUGAGGUCAAUGGUGACAACAGUCACUUUGUUCCUCCUACAUUAUUUUAUACGUAUGCAAUGGAAGGAUUAGAUUUUGAUAACCUCGACGAGAGUGAAGAUGAUAGUGAUACUAUUACUGAUAAUAUUUAA